UAAUUGGCCGAGCUCGUGUGUCUCUGACGUACUUUGAACAACAAAUACACGUGUGCGUUUUGUAUUCAGAGGAGGAAUAGCUAGUAUUCUCACAUUUUGAUGACACUGAUUAUGACGUGAAAGAUGCCGCCUCCGUUCAGCACUUUAUAAUAGGAGGAAUUUGAUGUAUGAGAAUGUAUAAGACAGACAACUGGAAAUAACUUGUGGACUUGCUUUAUUUUUUCCUUUUAUUUAUUUAUUUUUUUUACUUUUUUUUUCAAUGCCUACAAUGAAACCUCAGGACAUCAUGAAGGAAAAGAGCAGCCUGUGGAUAUUUGGUUAUGGCUCCCUAGUGUGGAAACCUGAUUUUGAAUUCAAGAGAAGAAAGAUUGGGCACAUUAAAGGAUACAAAAGACGGUUCUGGCACGGAGAUGACUUUCAUCGAGGAGACAAGGAAAAGCCAGGCAGAGUUGUCACACUAGUAGCAGAUGAGGAGGCUUGCACGUGGGGAGUGGCCUAUGAAGUGACUGAGUGCCAGGCUGAAGCAUCGCUGCAGUACCUGAACACGAGAGAAGUUGUUUUGGGAGGGUAUAUAACAAAGAUGGUGGAAUUCAUCCCAAAAGAGAGGGGUCACGGUUCAGUGUUGGCACUCGUUUACAUCGCCACCCCUGACAACCCCAUCUACCUCGGCCCAGCCUCGGAUAAAGAGAUUGCCGCCCAGAUUGUCACCUGCAGAGGCAACACGGGCCACAACAUUGAGUACCUGGUCCGCCUGGCAGAGUUCAUGAGGGACUACUGUCCAGAGGUGGAGGAUGAGCACCUUUUCUCUAUUGAGACAGCUGUUUUGAACAUUUUCAACAACUGCGGAGGGCUCAAAUCCAAAGACCAAAAAUCCAUGCUGCUGGAAGUUAUGUAGAAAAACGGCACAAAAAAAACUUGCACAUUAUUAGAAAAAUUUCAUUAGUGGGAAAAAAGGAAUGAUUUAUUGAAAAAUAUUCAAGGACAAAUGGUGCUUUAAAACAGAAUACCUUCUUUGGGUUCAAGUAAAGGGAACAAAACAUUUUUCAGCACUCUACGAAAUUCUUAUCUGACAUUUUUCAGCUGUGAUGACAGACACUUUAAAUCCUUUAUGUAGGCUAGACACAUUCUAUUGCAUAUUGUUCUCAAACAGAAGCAUGUGAUGCUUUUAAAAACCCACGCUAACCACAGACAAGGGUUCACCUUUUAAAUCUUAUGAUACUGUAACCUUGUUAAUAUUAUGCAAAGUCAAUGCACUUUUU